UAUCACUUCUAAUGUAUCCAGCGUGGGACUAAAGAACGUCUGGAUUAAAAAAAGAAAGUAAAGUCCGGGAGGGGAAAAACAAGCGCAGGAAACGGUCAGAAGUGCGAAGUGAAUUCGUGAAUUAUAUCAGUUUUCGAAGCGUACAACGAGAUCAAGAUAAAAGCUUCCCAGUUCCUUUAACCGCGCGCAGGUCAGUAAAGAGAGAGAGAGAGAGAGAGAGAGAGAGAGAGAGAGAGAGAGAGAGAGAGAGAGAGAGAGAGAGAGAGAGAGAGAUCGAGAGAGAGAGAUCACAACAGUAGGACGGCUUUACUGGAACCUUUCGCUUCGAAAGUGCUUUAUCACAAUUCACUCGAGUGAUCCAAACUCCUGCAUUCGCAGUUGGAAAACUUUAUAGCAAGUCCGCGAAGAAGCGAUAGCGUCAAACUUUUUUUUAAAGAGUGCGGUUUUUCCUGAGGAAAAGUUUCUUCAAAGCGCCGACGAUCGCAGAUCUUCUUUCAGCACACUCGUAUGGAGUUAAUGGACACGAUCUACUAUGGCGUUACUUUUCAGGAUAACAAAUCACUUGGGAUCAAAACAUUAUAAGAACUUCAGAAACAUCGACGAUUUAAAGUCCUCAAACUACAUUUGAUCCAGUCGACCUCUCUUGCCAAAACAAAGCGCCUGUAUAUCUCCCAUCCAGACUCCCCUUUUCAACCUUUUAAGGACAACUGCAUUUAGUUUUGGCUUCUGGACAAGUUUCUUGUAUUGCCUCGUCGUGAUUCACCUUUGAUUUACUUGCGUGGUGCAGCGGGGGAGAUACAAUUUUACUGUGGACCCUUUUUCAAGUGCAGGACUGAUGCAUUGCCCUAAAACAACGCGAUGUAAUUUCACAUCACCGCUGGGUAAACAAACAACUUAAUGAAGGCGAAUUACUCGGACUCUGGGAAACUCAGUAAGCUCGAGCUGUCCGUUUGUGGAUGAGAGAGAGAUCCGUCGUUAAGCGCCGAGACAACUGGAUACAAGAUGGCGGCGUGGCUGGGACAGAUGGGAUCACUUUCAUACCAUGUGUUUUAUUGGCUUUUGACGCUGGAACUGAUCAUCAAUUAUGGCGCACCGUGUCCUCAAAACUGUACGUGUACGCUUGAUACGUCCGACUGCAGUCAUUUAGACAUUACUGAUGUCCCUCAAGACUUGCCUAAGAGCACUGUCCAUCUAAAUCUGAGCCACAACAAGCUGGCGGCAGUCGAUAUGGACAUCCUCUCCAAUCUGCCUAACCUGAAAGAAGUGAGGCUUGACCACAAUGAACUGACAUCCAUCCCUUCAUUCGGAGACGCAGCAGCAACAGUCGUUACACUCUUCUUGCACCAUAAUAAAAUUCGCAGACUGGAUGGGAAGCUGCUGCAGAACUUCACUGCUCUGGAGACUCUAGAUCUGAGUAAUAAUGACAUCACGGAGCUGAGAGAGCAUUGCUUCCCUCCGGGGUUACAAAUCAAGGACCUGCAUCUGAGCAGUAAUAAGAUUGUUCAUCUGGAGUUCGGGGCGUUUAAGAAUCUCGCCGGCAGUCUGCAGCUCCUCAAACUGAACCGGAACCGACUGACCCACCUUCCUGUUAAAGGCCUGGAGCUGCCCAGGCUCACACAACUGGAGCUGAGCAGGAACAAGUUGCGGUUGAUUGAGGGACUCACCUUCCAAGGUUUGAGCAGUUUAGAAGUUCUCAAGCUUCAGAGAAACAACAUCAGCAGGUUGACGGAUGGGGCGUUCUGGGGUCUGGCCCGGAUGAGGGUUCUGCACCUGGACUAUAACAGUCUGCAGGAGGUGAACAGCGGCUCUCUGUACGGUCUGGAGUCGCUCCUGCAGCUGUAUCUCUCCAACAACUCCAUCUCUAACUUUAACCCUGAGGGCUGGGGCUUCUGUGAGAGACUCCGAGAACUGAACUUGUCCUAUAAUAACCUGACGAAGCUGUCCGAGGGUGGAUUUGCCAAACUGGUGAACCUGAUCUCGCUGCGUUUGGGACACAAUUCCAUCAGUCACAUCACGGAGGGAGCGUUUAGAGGCCUUAUUUCCCUACAGACACUAGAGUUGGACCACAAUGACAUCUCUGGCACUAUAGAGGACACCAAUGGGGCCUUCACUGGCCUGGAAAACCUCCACAAGCUAACUCUGUUUGGAAACAAGAUCAAGUCGGUGGCCAAGAAAGCCUUCUCGGGCCUGGAGGCUCUAGAGCACCUGAACUUGGCGGAAAAUGCCAUCCGCUCCAUCCAACCCGAGGCAUUUAGUAAGAUGAAGAACCUGCGUUACCUUCAUAUUCAGAGUGAUAGUUUUCUGUGCGACUGCCAGCUGCACUGGUUUCCGGAGUGGCUGGUAACACGAGGGCUGAAGCCUGGCGUUCAGGCCACAUGUGCCCACCCAGAGAGCCUAAAGGGCACCAGCAUCUACCAGGCCCCGCCACAGAGCUUUGUUUGUGAUGACCUUCCCAAACCCCAGAUCACUGUCCACCCCGUCACCACGGCAGCAGUAUUGGGCAAAGAUGUGCAUCUGACCUGUACGGCCGCCAGCAGCAGCAGCUCGCCCAUGACCUUCACUUGGCUCAAGGACCAGGAGACACUACGUCAAGCCGAGGUGGAGAAUUUCGCCCACGUACGGGCCAGUGACGGAGGUGUAAUGGAGUACACCACUAUCCUCCACCUCCGGCACGUCACCUUCAACCAUGAGGGCCGCUACCAGUGCAUCAUCAGCAAUCACUUUGGCUCAUCCUACUCUAACAAGGCCCGCGUCACUGUAAACGUGCUGCCUUCAUUUGUCAAGACUCCACGCGACAUCACGAUCCGCACGGGCACGAAGGCACGGUUGGAGUGUGCGGCUGAAGGACAUCCGACUCCCCAAGUGGCGUGGCAGAAAGAUGGUGGUACAGACUUCCCUGCCGCCCGAGAGCGCCGCAUGCGUGUGAUGCCUGAUGACGAUGUCUUUUUCAUCAUGGACGUGAAGCCUGAGGAUAUGGGCGUGUACAGCUGCACGGCAAAAAACACAGCGGGCAUGAUCUCUGCAAACGUCACUCUGACAGUGUUAGAAACCCCUCAUCUGGCACAGGAAAUGGAGGAUCGAAAUGUGGUGGUGGGUGAGACAGUUGCGUUGCAGUGCAAGGCUUUAGGCAGCCCACCUCCUCGCAUCACCUGGCUAAAGGGGGAGGAGCCUCUCAGACCCAGCGACCAUCACUACUUCACUCCAGGGAAUCAGCUCUUGGUGAUCGGCAGCACCACCUUAGAAGACGCUGGACGCUACACCUGUGUCAUGUCCAACACGCUCGGCACGGAGCGCGCUCACUGCCAGUUGAAUGUUUACCAGCGAUUUGAGGAUUGCGCGCCUUUUUCAAGUCCCAGCACUGUUACUGUGGGAAUCAUCGUCAUCGCCGUGGUCACCAGUAUUGUGGUGACAUCACUUGUUUGGGUGUGUAUUAUCUACCAGACGAGGAAGAAGAGCGAGGAGUGCAGUGUAAACACAGACGAGACAAUUGUCCCUCCUGAUGUCCCCAGUUACCUGUCCUCUCAGGGCACUUUAUCAGAGAGACAGGACGCGUGUAUACGAGUGGAGUCCAAUGGUGGAUCUCAAGCCAACGGACACAUAGAAAACAAUGGCUAUGAUGGGCCAGUCGUGUGCACAGACUGCUUGGAAAACGGUACCCACUACUCCAAACACUGUAACUACCUCCCUCACGGGAUAGCGCCCCCUUCAGGCCUGGAGUAUCAGCAGACACGCCAAACAUCAACUUUCACCAGCCACAACAAUGAACCACACUGCAAUGGCACACCCAACGGGGUCAGGAAAGACAACCAAACUCCCAUCUUUCCCACCAACCAUGACAGGGUGACAAUAUCACCCUCAUCGCACCAGUACAACGACCGAAAAGGAUUGUGGGUGAAUAGGUCAGACACACCUCCCACACUUGAAGAGAGCUACCAUCGGCCAGUAAAGCUCCUGUCUGGGGACUGUGACAUUGAGUCCGAGCUUAAACAGACUCUAUUACCCAACGGACACGCACAUACGCCCGAUGCCACCUCAAGCGAGAGCCAACCCUUCAGACGGGCCAGUGACUAAUGCCUCACCAACCCUCUUCUUUAUCCUUUUGCACUGAGAACUGCUACCUCACACUGAGGGGCACAGACAAAGCUGCCCCCAUCUAUCUAAAUGCAGAACAGGGGUGUCCGGAGUUUGAAGGCGAAGCUUGAGUGGGGCGAUGACGUCCCAUGCGAGCGUUAAUGAUGUAUAUAGAUAUAAUCCUCCUCAGGGAGGCUUGGUUCACACUUUAGAAAUGUGACUUGCAUUUGACGCAUGCAAAAUGUAUGACAGAGUGCUACAACAUUAGGCUUUGAGCUGUACAUAAGAGUUUUCAUAUAUAAAUAUAUGAAUGUAUGUAUUCUAUAACUUUUACAAAAGAGUGUUUAACUCUAUUCGGUGCAUGGUGAGAUCAGAGUGGUUUUAUUUUAUUUUUAUUUCUUUGCUUUUUUUUUUUUUGUUUAAGGAUCUCUCUUGCUUUCCCCAGUUUUAUAAGCAGUGCCUUAUUACAAGAUCAAAUGACCACAAGUCAGUUUUGUUUUUUGGGAGGGAGAUGUCUGUGUACUUUUUCUCUCACAAAUGGGAAUUUUGUCAUGCACUUGAAGUUUAGACAACCCAAUCAUAAUUGAUCACCUUGAAGGAAUAUUCCAGGUUAAAUACAAGUUAAAGGGUUCUGGAAAUAUCAGGGAAAUUACUUUUUUGUUGUUGUUUUAAGUUUUUGAUGACUAGAAACUAAUACGAUCUACAAAAAUAGAAAAGUCUUGGACAAGUUUUCUGUUGUUGUUGUAAAUGCUAUCUCUAUAAAUGAUGUUUAAGUAAUUAUGACUGGAAAAAUAAUGGAAAUUCACUGGUAAAAAGGUGUGGCAACUCUAAAGUUAAGUUCUUCCCACAGCUUUGUGUCAAUUUACCACAAAAAAUGUGUCUACAGAAAGGCAUUCACAACAGACAGCAGUCAGCAAACUAUUGUAUUUGUCAUUACUAACUGGUGUUUAACCUGGAAUAUUUCUUUGCCAGAAUACAUAUGUUCUGGUCUGUGAUGAAGGAAGAGCUCUGCAUCCAUUAAGGUACAAAAAUGACAAAUACUGGCAUAAGGGAAAAUAUAAGCACUUUGAUAAAUCAUGUAAGAGUUAUUAUUUGAACUGAACAUUUUUACAUCUUGAGAUUCUGAUGCAAUCGAGGCUCUUCCGUUAACAAAGGUACACGUCACCACAAGCUGCUUCGCUCACCUACAUACCUGUGGUAUUUGAAAUGAAUUUUUAAAUGUAUCUGUUGACCGUCUUUUUUAACAUAUUUGGGGAAAUAACAAACUAUCCAAAAAUAAUACUUAGAGAGAUUUGCUCUAACAGUGACUUUCUAACAGUGACAUUAGACGUUCGUAAGCUGAACGCUGCCAAAUCACGAAAGGGAAAGAGCGUCUCUAGAAAGCUCAAGCUGUGUGUGCUGGUCUUCAGCUACACAGAAUAUCUUCACGUAAAGGGAAUAAGUGAACACCUCAGAGAAUCUCUCAUAGUCUUUGGUAAAGACUAAAGCAGCUAAUGCUAAGAUACGUUUAUUAGUUAGCCUGAGCCAAACCGGUUCAUGUUCAUGUCAAAGCCAAGGUUUUUUAGGCCAAAUAGUAAAAGAAAGAAAGAAAAAAAAAAUCUACUACUAAACUUGGUGAAUGUUUUAUAAAGUUAGAUUACAGCAAACACCAGUUUAACCCCAAAGCUGUUGAAACUGACCUUAGCAGUACAUUGAUACUGUGGUUAAAUGGUUAUUUGUGUAAUCCAGCUCUGUGAAGAACCCCACUAAUUCAAAUAGGUUAACUCUACAGAUGUGUGGGUCACCCUGUUUUGAACUGAACUCUAAUCACAGCUGAUCAUCCACAUGGCUAAAACUGUUGAAGUGUCAAAAUGGCCAGGUGUUUAUUAAAGUCACAUUUUGCUCUUUUA